AUGUCAAGUGAUGAUGAAUUAGAAGAUUUUGAGGCAUUACUGGAGGAUAACUUCAAUCCGAUUCAAUUUGCGAAUGAAUUAACUAAAGCCAUUAAUAACAACUUAGAUUCCAAGGAACUGGACUUCAAUACGCCACUAAAAAAGGUGAAAUAUGAUAUGAUAGAAUUGGAUAAAAGAACUGAUCAAAUAAUCAAAGAUAAUCCUCUAUUGGUCUUGGAACAGUUAGAGAAAAGGAAGCUACAAAGGGAGAAGGUUGGCCCUACCUUGAAACCAAGUUUGGAUUACCUCUCAAUGUCUUUCGAAAGAUUGAAUAAUGAAGUUCUUAAACCGUAUGACCGUGCACAGAAGUUACAAUCUGCACUCGGUAAAAUCCAUCAGACCUCUUUUUUAUUGCGUGAUGCUUUGAUAUAUAUUCAAAUGGCCACUCAGAUAGAGUCGUUGCCUUUAAAUGCUGAUGAUCAACCUGGUCUAAUUCGUUUGGCUACUCUCUAUUCUAAAAUAGAGAUGAAUCUCAAUCAAAACCAUAACCUGAAGUCACUUCAACUGAUUAAAAAGUUUGAAAAUGGCCCACUGAAGAACAAAAAGAUUGAGUUGAUACGGAAUAUCUCACAAUCCUUGAUUAAGGACUGCGUGAACAAUCACAAAAUAAAACAUAACUUAGAAUCUAUUCAAACGUUAGCAUUGAACUUAAAUGCUUUGUCUACAAAGGACUAUACAGCUACACUAGACAAGAUUGCACUAUUAAAAAUACAGUCGUCUCAACAAGCGCUCACCAGGACCACGGUAUCAAUCAGAAGCCUGGGUAUGGCAAUGAGUGAUGCCGUCAAAAAUGGUUACUGGUUGUCUCAAUUAGAGUCACUUUUAAAGACAACGAAAUUAGAGGAUUCGUCAUUGCUGAAUGAGUAUUUGGCAGAAAAGAAAUACCGAUCGAUAACUAAGAAUUAUUGGAUUAAAGUGGCAAAUGCAUUCCAAAAGGACUUCGAAACUUCAUACCGUAGAGGUGGGCCUGUUGGAAAAUCUUUAAUUUCCAACACCAAAUUUAUCAAGGAUACUAUAACAGAGGCUAUGCCAAAGUCCACGAAUGAUGAGAACUAUAAAGACUACUUGGAUAUAAUGCUAAGUUCUGUGUCCAUUCUAGAUAGUAAUAUGCGGAAAAGUUCGUGA